GUCGUCACGGCAAGGGCCCAGGCACCUCAGUGCCUUUCGAAUGUGCCCCGCCAUGCCCGAGACGAAAGAGAACUAAGCCCCGCAACUAUCAAUCGCGAACGCCCCCAGCAGCGAUAAGGAGGGGCAAGUGCAACAACAACAGAAGCUAUCCCGUCCAUGAUCCGCUUUCGUCGCAUGCCUAUCCGCUUCCUGGAACGAAACAUCACUUUUUUGCGGCGCAACUAGAUCUACAAACAUCCAUUACCAGAUAUCAGAGAACAACGACAGAGUUGUAGAUUCUAUACUUUCGACUCGUACCUCACCUAUAGCGCCUAUUUCCUCCACAGAUCCAGCCAUGACCGCACUCACAGGACGUCCUGUUGUCUAUUGCGGUGUAUGCUCCCUGCCGCCCGAGUACUGCGAAUACGGUGGAACCGUCAAAAAGUGCCAGCAAUGGCUUGAGAAGAACCAACCAACCAUGUACUCAAGGAUAUGGUCGCCUGAGGUGCUCGAGGCGGAGAUGGCAUCGCUGUCAGUCGAGGCGCAGGAGCGCGCCAUGAAGGACGCGAAGAAGAAGGCAGCCAAGGCCGAGGCGGCGGAGCAGAAGCAGGCCGACAAGCGCGCCAACAGCGUAGUGACCAUCAAGCGCAUUGAGCGCAACAAGAGGAAAUACGUCACUUCGGUGUCGGGCUUGGAGGCGUUUGGGUUGGAGUUAAAGAAGGUUGCCAAGGACUUUGGCAAGAAGUUCGCUACCGGCUCUUCGGUAACCAAGGUACCCAGCGGCGGCGAGGAGAUUGUCGUCCAGGGCGAUGUCAGCGGCGAGAUUGAGGAGUUCAUCCUCGAAAAGUACAAGGAGGUUCCCGAAGACAACAUAGAACUCGUGGAAGACAAGAAGAAGAAGAAGGGCGAAGGAAACUAGUUGUUCCGACUUGACUUUGAAUUCUAAAAGACUGCGGAGGCGCGCCUAAAGCAGGUGGGAGUUAAUGAUUAAGUUUGGUUGAUAUCACAAGGCUAUUCGGAUGGUAUUGGCUAUUCCGCUUGAGAUCGAGGGGGAAAAGGCUUUUGACGCUGUAAGUAGCGAAAGACAAAAGCGAUAAAUGAUAACAUUACUUGGAGUCGCCAUGUCCCAACUGUUCCCUGAAACCUGCCAGACCUAAUAACGCCGAACUCUGUGAAGCCGACACCUGGCGGCGGUCGUAACAUCUAUACAAUCCAACGCCUAACAAUAACAAUGCCAAUCCCACAGUGCACAACCUGGAUGGACAUCCUCCAAGUCCAUACCCCAGCAAUGAAAAAACUGAUGACACUCGAUAAUUCAAACAAAAGUUCAAACCCGCUCAUCCCCUCUUUCGCAACACCCUCCCCGACACAGCCGGCGCCGCCGUAUUAGCGACCACCUUCUCUGCCGCUUCCUUCGUCCCACCACCCGCCGCCUUCUUCGUCGCGGCCAUACCCUUUUUGAUCGUGCUGAUGACACCUCUCUUCGCACUAGCCGCCGUUCCAGAUGCCAUGCCCGUCGCCGUCGCCGGUCGCUGUCUCCGCGCCGCCGCCGAUGACGUACUGCUAGCCUCACUAGACACGCUGGCGCCACUAAUUCUCCGCGAUGUCCGUGUGGUAGCAGAAGCCGCAGAUGUGGUUGCCGCUCUAGCUCUGGAUUUUGCUGCGCUCGCUUGCG